UGCGGGUGCGUUUACGGUUCCUCCUGAUAUUUUUGUAGUGACAGAAGUAAACCAAAACAAGCUAUCUCGGCGUGACUUUCUGCUCCGAAAAGUAGGAAUAUCUCCGAGCGAGAUAAGGACAAUGCUCCUCCAAAAUCGAGCUGUGUUGGCUCUUGGCCUUCGCAUGUGCUCCACUCGUGUGAUGAAAGGACCUUCGAUGGACACAGCGAGAACCAACUCAGACAUGUCUGAAUUCCGCAAGGUCUUUUCCCAAGCCAAGCACAUAGCAAUCAUCACCGGGGCAGGCGUGAGUGCAGAGAGCGGAGUACCAACCUUCAGGGGAGAAAACGAGAAGUGGAGAAAGUGGCAAUCUCAGGACCUGGCUACACCGGAGGCCUUCUCUCGAACCCCGUCUCGGGUCUGGGAGUUCUACCAUUACAGAAGGGAGAUGGCUUUGAACAAGAAGCCCAGUGCUGCCCAUCUGGCCAUAGCAGAGUGUGAGGCCCGGCUGAGGAAGCAGGGACGCUCCGUGGUUGUCAUCACCCAGUGCAUAGACGACCUCCACCGGCAGGCCGGGUCCAAACACGUGCUCAAGAUUCACGGCAGUCUGAUGGAGACGCGCUGUGUGAGCUGUGGACAUGUGACCGUGAACAGGCGAAGCCCAAUAUGUGCUGCCCUGAAGGACAAAGGUUCACCUGACCCAGAUGUUGCUGAUGCCCAGAUUCCUGUGGAUAAACUGCCAAGGUGCGGAGAAAUUGACUGCCGCGGUCUGCUGAGGCCCAACGUGGUGUUUUUUGGAGAAACUCUGGACUCUCAUAUCCUGACCAAGGUGGAAAAAGAGAUGGAGACCUGUGACCUCUGUCUGGUGGUGGGCACGUCUUCCAUCGUUUACCCAGCGGCCAUGUUUGGCCCCCAGAUUGCAUCCAGGGGCGUCCCAGUGGCCGAAUUUAACAUGAAAACAACACCAAAAACGGAGUACUUUAUGUACCAUUUCCAGGGUCCAUGUGGAACUACGCUGCCUCCAGCUUUGGUGCGACAUGAGUCGGAGGAUAUUUAAGAGCCUGUUUGUAAAAGAGAACGACUUGACAAACAGUAACCGGUGGCUUCUUCUACAGACUUAUCCAAAUGUUUGCCUUAAAAUCAGUUUAGCUGUUCUUGCUUGGUAGAGGGAGGGUGAAGAUUGAGCUUUUAUAAGACUUUGAUACAGAUCUUUUUAUACUUGAAUAUACUGUCUUGCUAAAAAUACUGGAAAUGGGAUCUUGCAAGCUUUAUAUAUUUGCUGCUUUAAGUUUAAGGCAGUGGCUAUGCAGCUUUAAUACAAAAACGAAUGCACUAUGUAUGUACUUGUUUUCAAAGGAUGGUGUUGUUAUUCCACACACAUAUUGUGUAUUAAAUGCUGGUGAGGGAUUGUCAUACUUUGCUGUAGUUCGGAACAUUUUACUCCCGGUGCCGACGGAGAAUAUUCCCCUUUUUCUCUCUCCGCCGAAUGAACAGAUGUAACGAGCGUAACAUAAUCUUGUGCCUUUCAAAACUGUUUACACAACCUUGACCAAACGCUCGCUUUAGACCUCAAGUGCAAAUCAACCGAUUUAGUCGAGUGUACAGAGUUUGCUUUUGAUUCAGGACAGAGAGGGAAAAUACUGCCCCUUCAAUCCUAGCCUGAUUCAGCAAUAUUUCCAUCUCAUGCUGUUUGAAUGUGUUUAUCGUGACAUCAGUAUAGUUACAUGUCAUGGAUUGUUUAUCAUACAUUUUUACAUUAGUGUCGGUUUUCAAAAAGUAUAUGUUUUGAAAAACUGUAGAUGGAAAUAGUUUAAAAGUGAAAGCAAUCUUAUAUUUGAGAACAUGAUUAUUUGUUUUUUCAAACAACAUUUUUUGCAUGUAAAUAUUCCGCAUAAUUUUUUACAAUGAAUACUGCCAAUGCAAAUAUGCAAUAUGUAAAUAAUAAAACACUAA